UGGGCUGCCUGGCGGGGCCCAUGACGCUGCUGAAGCCGCCACCGCCCACGGCGAUGUCGCCGAUGCCGCUGCGAAUACCUGCGAUGCAGCUGAGACGCUGCUCCGUGGAUGCGGACUCUGACGGCGAGCAGGAGCACCUCACAGGCAUGGACGAGGACGACGCGGCCAUCGAUGUCGAGGCCGACGAGGAGCCCAUCGCAGAUCAGCCACAGUCGCAGCCGCAGCCACAGUCGCAGUCAUCCAAUGACUACGUUCGAUCAACGCCAUCAGCUGCGCCUCCGCCGUCUUCCAGCACUUUCGAGCUGCACACAAAGAACAAUAAUUGUUUUGAACGGAACGAGGCUGGUGGCCCCGAUUCGUCUAUGCCUUCUGCUGUCGAGGAGAAAUCGAUAAUCAGCAAGGCGCACUCCUACUGAACAGCUGUCCGCUCCCAGUGGCAUUGUAAAAUUCUAUUGAAAACUUUGACAAAAGGAUCAGCGGCUAAGUGCACAUCAAUUGGUUUCAAUGCUAACCACAAAGGCCAAAAAUUGAGGACGGCUCGCCGCGCCUCUUCCACAUAAUCGUUAUAAAGCUGUAAAGUUUCUGAAUAGUUUGUUCCUAAAGCUUUUGUAUAUACACAUACUACUUAUGUAGAAGUUCGCAUAACCAACUCAAGAGACCCACGGACGUGAACAUCUCAAGCUAAGCUCCUCUCUCUAUCUCUCUCUCACUCUGCUGCCCCGCUGCUCUCUCAUUGUAUAAAACUAAAUGCCUAUUGCUCAGUAGAUUUUAAGUCUCAUUUUGUAAAUGUAUCGCUUCCGUUUAUCGCUUUAUUUGCUUGUACUUUAGAGUGUAAAUAGGUAUUACAAAUAAAUAUAUAAAUAUGUGUUUUCCACUUA